AUGACCGAGCCAAGCUGGCUAACGUUUGCCCAUAAUAUUAAUCCCGCCAACAAUACCGCGACAUGCUACACCAUCACCGCACUCGGAUGCUACCAAGACUCUUGGCGUGGCUCACCCAUCGCACCACCCGCAAAUCUAAAGAUCCAGGCUGAGAAUGCCUCCCCGAUGCUCUUGGCACCUGGGCAUGGGUCCGAGGUGACGGUAGCAACAGGAUCAGAUGGUUGGCAAGCCCUUGGCAUCAGUCGGAAGCCUUAUGGAAGCCUCUGUCGUCUGCUACGGAGGUUUCUGGACGACUUUGUUGCUGUUAGCCUUUCCUUUGAUCUCUCAUCUCUGGAAACCUCGUCAUUAUCGUCGCAUGAAGUUCAAUCUCUUGAAAAAUUCCUCAUUUGA